AUGAGGGAAUUCAACCCGUUCGCCUUGCUCGCCCUGUGGGUUGCCAUCCUAAGCGUCACGAGGACGUACAACAUCAGGAACCUCGGCGGAGAGAACAACGUGAAGCACUUGAGAUUCUCGGAAGAAGCAACGGCCGGGAGAAGCGCCGCCUUCAAGCACAGAGGAAGCCGCCUAAGCCGCAGCAAAGAAGAGCAGUUAAUAACAGAGGAUGACAGUCCCCUUGGGAGAGCCAUCUUUAUGCAGACGUCAGCCACGUUAUCAAAUUUAAUGCAUGACAGAGAGAGGGUACACUCCCCCCCCAGUCAUGAGACCACCACGUAUGUAAUUACAGGGUCUGUCAAAGGGAUAGCAGAUGGGCAGCCAGUAUCGAUAGCACUAGGAGCUCAGUACUCAAAUAGUUUCGACUCUUUAGAUGUGAUAUCCCUAACGUCUGAGAAUCCUCACUUCAAAUUUAUUGUUCAUGGAGGAAGAUAUUACUUACGUACCUUUGGAUCUACCUACUUAACACCCAGCGCUAUUAAGCUGAAUGUGCCUUGUUCCAAAUGCAAGUUUGUAAAUUCAGAUUACAGCGACACAAUUGAGAUAACCCCUUACCCGAACGUUUCUAACUUGUUCUUAUUCGAGUGGGAGCUCCAGUCAACCUCUCCCACUUCUUUGGAGCAUAUAAACGUGGUUCAUAAUGAUGAAGCUGGGUGGACCCAUGGGCACGAUAUGUCAAAUGAGUUGAAGCUAGAUUCGUCAGGAUCUGCCGCCUCUUUGAAGGCAUUUUACGGAAUUGAGUUGAUCGGGUAUUGGGGUUCUGAAUACUCAGAUAGGCUUCUAAGCGUAUUGUCUGGCUUCCCCGAAUGUGUGCAGUUAGUGGCGUACGAUAAGGAGGAGAGAGCUAACCAGAGGAAGCACCAGCGAUGGAUUCUGGUGCACGAGGAUUUGGGGGCAUUCGACAUGGACGUGGAGAUGUAUGACGGGGAUGAUAAGGAGUAUUCCAAGACGGUACGUGUGUCUAGCAGUGCAUUUGAAUAUUCUAAGAAGCAGGUGAAGACAACGGGCAGCAAUGGGUACUACUACUCGAGGAGGUUGGAAAAGGUCCUAAUCAGAUCCAUCCUUGCAGAUGAUUAUGGUCUGUUCGUCAACUACUUUGAGGAGAAGCACGGCGUUCGGUUGCUAGACCCUGAGAGGAACCCUUCCCAAGUGGAACAAGUCACCGGGUAUUCGAAGAACGAUUACCAGCCAUGGAGUCAGAACGUGGAGGAGAUAGUCGAAUUGGCUACCUCAUGGGAUGAAUAUCCAAAGGGGUUUCAAAAAGUGAAAGGAUUGAAAUAUUUGGGGAGAAGGAAAAAUGGACUGAAACAUCCCGUCUACCCAACGGCCCCCGCAGUUGCCUUCCCUGCAGGAGCUUCCCAAAAUUCAUUCAUCGAGUUUAUGGAAUCUGCUUUUGUAAAUUAUAAGGACAUUUCUCAUUUGGUGCUGCACGAAAUAGGGCACUUCAUCUACGUCAACACGGUGUCGGCAGAAUUGAGGAAGGAAUGGGUAGUCCAGGGUCAGUGGUACGAAGAGCCUCGAUCUCCAAGCAAAUGGGCCACUAAGAACGAAACCGGGUUCGUUUCUGCCUACGCGCAUGAUAAAACCCCCGGGGAGGAUUUCGCAGAGUCUAUAGCGUCGUUCGUUCUGAACCCGAAGCUGCUAAAUUCGAGGAGCACUGACAAGUACAGCUGGAUAAAGAAGAACCUCUUUAGUGGCGGCUUUUACGUCACUUCGGGAAAGCACAAAUUUGAAGUCCUCAACUUGGGGAACCAAACCUUUUACUACCCAGGGAAGGUCAAAAAGAUACGCGUCGAGGUUAAGGGAAGUCCCUCGGAGAGUAAAAAGGUGCAAAUACAUGUGGAUCUGCUCUCCUCUAAGGGGAAUAAGGGGUGCGCUAAGUACGCCCAUGCGAGGUUCUUCUCGGAGCAGCAAACAUUCAAGGAUAUCUUCUUCUACACAGCGGACCGCUCCGAGUGCAGCCAUUCGUUGUAUGCCGAGUUUGAAGUGAACGCCACAGAGAGUAAAGGCAAGUGGGUGGCCGAGUCUUUGACGUUCACAGGAGAGAAUGAUAUAAAGCGGUACACAGGGCUGGGCUCCUUCGUCCUCUACAUGUAUGUGAAUAAUCAAAAUGAAGAUGUGGAGCAGCCCCUGCCUCUGUUGGACUCUGUUCAGAUUUACCCCUACAAUGGAAGGGGCUCCGAAGAUUCCCUCCUCCGAUUGAGUAUGCUCGUGUUGGAGAAUAGCUCGCUUAAGAUCCACGGAGGGACGUACGCAAACUUCGCCUCCACGGAUAGUGAAAGCUACUCCUACGGCAAUCACACGUACGCGGCGUAUGACCCCCAGUUUGACGUUGACGCAAUGGCGAAGGACUACUUCGUGAGUGACAUCGCCACGAGUGGGUUCCGACAGGUUAGUAUAGAAGCGUGUAAGGCACACACCACCAUGAAUGUCUCCAAUUUGAAGUGCUUCCAAGUGAUGAACCCGGUGCACGUCCCCAGGUACUGCGUGGGCAGCAGGUACUACUUCCGCCAGUUUGCAGUGGAGGACGAUGCGGGGAACCAGAACGUUAUGAAUGUUACGUCAGAUAAGUACUACGCCGAUUUGAGGAGCUCCUCUCGCAGGGAUAUGGUCCAGCCCACCAUCACUGGCGUUAGGGUUACCAGCAAGCCGGCGAAUGAUCAGCACGACGGGGAGACCGAAGUGACGGUGCAGUUCGGCGUGUACGACGACCUCUCCGGGGUGUACUACGUGUACAUACACCUGAGGGACCCGCACGGGGGCAUCCACUCGAGCCACGUGAACAGGACGCUGCUGCCCCAGGGAAAGGACUACAAGCAGGUGACGCACACGAUCCUCCUGCCCAAGGGCUCCAUGGCGGGCACGUGGAUCCUCGACGAGAUCAAGGCGGUCGACCUGUGCAAGAACGAGUCCAGGAACGUCUACUCCUACAGCGUCUUCGUGGACAACUCGUGA